CCCGUCCAUCCCUUCACCCAGCCGUAUAUAAGACCAGCAUGGACUGCCAGGCGCCCCGCACGGAUACGUUUCUUUGUACUAAUUCCACUCGAUAAUCCAUACCAUGACCUCCAAAAACGUGUUCCGACUGAAGACGUCGUACCAGACGUACGACUGGGGCAAGCAGGGCUCCUCUGCGCUCGUCGCCAAGCUCGCGCCCAAUUCCGUCGGGCCAGACUUUAAACUCGACGAGAACACCACCUACGCAGAGACAUGGAUGGGCACGCACCCCAACGGCCCCGCCUCCAUCUACGACACAUCCCAGUCUCUCAAGUCUCUGAUCGACGCGAACCCCGCGCACUUCCUCGGCUCCGCCUACAAAAAGUGGCCGCGCACGACCGACAUCCCCUUCCUCUUCAAGAUCCUCUGCGCGGGCAAGGCCCUCCCCCUCCAGGCGCACCCCGACAAGGCGCUCGCGGAGGAGCUGCACCGCCAGGACCAGGGGAAGGGCGAGUUCGUUGACGCGAACCACAAGCCGGAGAUCGCGGUGGCAAUCGGGGAUCCGCUGGACGAGGCGUGGGGCGAGGGGGUGGUGUUCCUCGGCUUUGUGGGAUUCCGCCCGCUCGACGAGAUACGCGGCUUUUUGGAGGACGUGCCGGAACUCCGGCAAGCUAUCGGGGACGAGGGCGUGGUCAAGUCGUUCUUGGAAAACCCGAGCAAGGAGACGCUCAAGCGCGUGUACGUCCAGCUGCUCACGCGCGGCAAGGACGAUCCAGAGGGAGUGAAGAAGGACGUGGAGAUGCUCGUGGCGCGCACACAGGGCGGCGCGGCGCAGCUCGGCGAGGCGGGCAAGCUCGUGCUCAAGACGCAUGAGCAAUACCCCGGCGACGUCGGCGUGCUCGCCACCUCGUUCUUCAUGAACCUCGUCAAGCUCAAGCGAGGGGAAGCAGUCUUCUGUGAUGCCGACACCGUGCACGCAUGGCUUGAGGGCGGCGUAAAGAUCAUCGAGUGCAUGGCCGUCUCGGACAAUGUGCUCAAUAGCGCCUUUGUCCCUCCCCCAGAACGUGACGUGCGCACCUUUGUGAACAUGCUCACCUAUGCCUACCGCCCGCCCUCCGGCUGGUUCCUCCCUCGCAAACCCUACGAGCGCUCGAAAAAUGGGAAAACCGAAAAAUUCGCGCCGCCCCUGGAUGAAUUUGCGGUGUUGUGGACAUCGUUAGGAAAGGAUGUUGUAGGGGAAGGCGAGGUCCUGGGAGCGAGCCCGGGCCCGACGAUCGGGAUCGUGACCAAAGCUGGCACCAAAACCGGGGAUCUGGCAAGCGGGGAGGGGAGGGUACGGUUUCAGGUGAAGGGGGAGAGCGAGGAGGUGCCCGUCGGUGGGGUGGUGUUCGUCGCGCCGGGGAACGAGGUUGCGGUGAGCAUGGUCGGCGCGGAGGGCGAGGCGGAGGUGUGGUGGUCGACGUGUUUGGUUGAGGCAUGAGGGUAGAAGUGUUUCCUGAAAGCAUAAAUGAGGGGGGAGAUGGAAGGGCAUCAAAUAG